GCACUUUUUGGUUUACUAGGAAGCAUGCUUUGAGAGCUCACAUCAAAUUGGACAAUGUAUGUAAAUAAGGUAAAUAAAUUUCUGUAUACUCAAUGAUGCACCUCUUUAUAGUAUGUGAACGACCCUUUGAUCUUACAGUUUCAGAUUUCGAUCUGCUGUUAGCAACAAUGCUUACUCUCCUUUACAUCAUCAUAAUAAACUUAGCAGUGGGAAUUCUACCACACAUGGACAACUUUGCUCAUAUUGGAGGAUUUGUGUCCGGAUUUCUUCUUGGAUUUUUGUUUUUGAUCCGCCCCCAGUUUAAAUGACUUACCCAACUGAAUGCUCCCCUGGAUGUCUUACUACUCCAGUUAAAUCUAAACACAAGACGUAUCAAUAUGUAUUGUGGGUCCUCUCUUUGAUACUAUUGAUUGUUGGGUAUACUCUUUUUCGAGCGGUCAAUCUAAACAAUUACUGUUCCUGGUGUCAUUAUUUGAGCAGUGUCCCUACGUCAAAAUGGAAUUGCAAGUCACAAAAUAUUUAUUGUUUGGCUUUGGUUUAUGAGUACAUGGAAAAAGGAAGCUUAGAGACGUGGCUGCAUCCACCGACUGAUAUUGAAGAAGCGAGAGAGGCACCCAAGAGUUUAAAUCUUUUGCAAAGGCUCAGCAUUUCCAUAGAUGUUGCUUGUUUUAUAUUAGUCGAUUAUCUUCAUAAUCACUCCGAAACACCGAUAGUUCAUUGUGAUCUGAAACCAAGUACUGUUCUUUUGGACAACAUGUCGACUGGACAUGUUUGA